GUAUGCUUCGCAUCAGGUAUUAGAGGAUUCAAAACUAACCAACUACUAUGUAGUUUUCAUCUCCCUAGUCGAACAUUAUCUUGAAAUUGGCAAAGCAAGCCGUGAAUACCAUGUCGCGAGCAGAUGUUUCUCACACAGAGUCCUCGGGCGAACAAGAUCCUAGGGACGAUGUUGAAAAUGAUAAGAAAUCCAAAAGCAGAAGACCAGCAAACACCGCUUUUCGACAGCAACGUCUGAAAGCAUGGCAGCCUAUUUUGACACCGAAGAGUGUAUUGCCGCUUUUUUUUGCUGUUGGUGUUAUAUUCGCUCCUAUUGGAGGCCUGCUUUUAUGGGCGAGCUCUCAAGUUCAAGAGAUUAUCAUAGAUUACUCUGAAUGUCACAAAGCGAGUGAUCAUCCCGUUGACAUCUCCAAUCAAGUCACUUCCACCUUUACCAUGGACAACCGCCCGACAUGGCAGUACAACGGUUCAGUUUGCACCCUGCUUUUCGAGAUUCCAGAGAACAUGGGUCCUCCUGUUUACAUGUACUACCGUCUCACGAAUUUCUACCAGAAUCAUCGGAGAUACGUCAAAUCUUUGGAUAUAGAGCAACUCAAAGGAAAGGCAGUCGACACCAAAACUAUUGACAGUGGCUCAUGCGAUCCUCUCAAACUUGACCCGAGCGGCAAACCAUACUACCCAUGUGGGCUUAUCGCCAACUCUCAGUUCAAUGAUACAAUUAGCAGCCCCGUGCGGCUGAGUUCUCUCGACCCCGAAACGUACCAGAUGACCAAUAAGGGGAUUGCCUGGGAUAGCGAUAGAGAGCUUAUAAAGAAAACACAGUACAAGCCUGGACAGGUUGUUCCACCCCCGAAUUGGGAGAAACGCUUUCCAAAAAAAUAUGUUGAUGGUAUUCCCGACCUUCAUGACGAUGAAGAGUUCAUGGUUUGGAUGCGAACUGCAGCGCUGCCUGAUUUCAGCAAGCUCUCUCGAAAAAAUGACAACACACCCAUGCGAGCAGGGACCUAUCAGCUGAACAUCACGCACAACUUUCCUGUCACAGAUUAUGGCGGCACGAAGUCGAUCCUCUUAACUACGCGCACAGUUAUGGGGGGGCAAAAUCCUUUCAUGGGGAUUGCCUAUGUUGUUGUUGGUGGAAUUUGCGUCCUACUUGGGGCCCUCUUCACUGUUGCUCAUUUAGUACGGCCUAGAAAACUCGGCGACCACACUUACUUGACAUGGAAUGCUGAGCCGGAAGGCGCCGCUGUUGCGACAGGAAGAGAUACCAGGUAUGGGUCACAAGCGCCUUGAAACGCCUGCUUUGCAGCCCAUAGCAAUUUUCUUCAACUUAGCCUAGCUCAAACUAUCUUUCAACUGGUUCUGUAUAUUACAAGGCGCUUUUGUUGUUACGUUUAUAUUAGCAGGGCGAGACAUCACUGGUAUUUUGGAUUGUUUCGCCAUGAACGGGCGAAGGCGUCAAAUGGAGGAGUUUCACUCUGGUCAAAGUCUGGUAUAAGUGUCUCACCCCUUCUUUUGUUUCUCCCUUGCUAGCAUUCAUUCGUCUGUGACGGGUUUGUUUAUCAUUGUAAUUAAGCGUUAAUUCCAGGAGAAAUGUCUCACCCUU